AUGGGCACGCGCAGGUCACACGUGCUGGUGGACACGACGCCGGCCAAGACAAUUCUGGUGUACCGCAACGGGGACGCGUUCUUCGUGGGCCGGUGGUUGGUGGUGCCGCGGCGCCGCGUGCCCACCUUCCAGGCGCUGCUGGAGCAGCUGACCGAGCAGGUGGACGUGCCGUUCGGCGUGCGGCGCCUCUUGACGCCCACACGCGGGCACCCGGUGCGUGAGCCGCAGGCGCUGCAGGCGGGUGGCAAGUACGUGGCGGCCGGCCGCGAGCCCUUCAAGAAGCUCGAUUAUAUUCAUAUAGUUCCCAGGAAACCUGGAAAGAUGAGCAAGUUGAAGGAAAUCAGACCGGUGGUACAUUGUGACCUGAAUGUGCCUUCCAGGUGGCAAACCUUCCAGCGAACGUCCCGGCUCCUCAAUGUUUUCACAAAUGGAAGACUAUUUAUCCCACCCGUAAAAAUUAUCAUACCCAAAUUCAGUCUGACGGAAUGGAAUAGCGUGCUGGCCAUGAUUGGGGAAAAAGUCUUCCCUCUAGGAGGCGUUCAAAAAUUAUUUACCAUGAACGGACAUCUUCUGGACAACUCCAAGGAUCUGCAAGAUAACCACUUUUACGUGGCGGCAGGACCGGAGACCUUCAGAUAUUUCCCUUACUGGAAAUCCUCUAAGGUGCCCAGCGAGGUCCAACGGUGAUGCGCGGACAUCGAGAAAUACUCAAGAGAAAAGAAAGAAGAGGAUUCCAAAGGAAAAGAAACACAUAAGUAUGACAGCAUUCCCCGUAAGGAACGGGAUUCUGUUUUUAACGCCAGAGCGGGGAAGAAGAAGACGCUGGUGGAACCCUCAUUCCAAAGCGGUUCAGAAGGUGACGUGUUUAGAGCCCAGACUCCAAGCGCGGAUGCCCAGGAGGCGCCAGAAGUCAAAGAAGACAGCAGUGUGCAGGUGGAGGUGCUGGUGGACCAGGCGCCGGCUGAGAUAGUCACGGAAGACGAAGAGAUACACGAUAACCCCUCUGAUUUCAAAAGCAUCAAGGAAAAAGAAGAUGAAGGGUCUUAUGAAGAUAACGGAAGAAAGCUCCUGCUGGAAUCGUCGUGUAAGGAUCUUGCCACAGCCAGUGUAUUCGCAAACCCGCGACAGCGCUUUGUUACCGUUGUAAACAUCCACGCUCGCUCCUGGGCUGAGGACCCUCCUGAUCCCCUCGGGGCCUGCCCGUCCUCGCGCCUCUCCCAGCCCCAUCUCCCUCCGGCUCCCGGUGGGUCCCGGGGUAUCUCCGAUGUGUCCGUCACCCUUGUCACCGUGCAGGGAAGGGAGGUCAAGUUCAAGGAGAUGCUCAGAACAAUCCUGAGUUUCAUUCCGGAAGCCACGUGCCAGCUGACGACUACCUUCCCGCUCGGCUCGGAUCCCAGCGUGCUCAUGGCCUCCGAUCCGGCCAGUGGGCGCAGGAAGAAGGGUCCUGGUGGUCGGGGCCCCUGA